AGGUCUGGUCCCCGACGGCUCAGGAGGCGCUCCUAGGGACGUUAUCCGGACGCGUGAGCGAAACCGGGAGCUCCCUGUCGUCCCGGGCCACCGCUGGUGGACGCGACUCCUUGUGCUUGUGUGGCGCGGGACUCCUGGCUGUCCCAGCCACUGACCGCACCCGCACCUGCAGCACAGCAGAGCCAUGGCCCUGGGCGAGCUGGCUUUGCUACGAUGGCUGCGGGACAGCCGCCGCUCGCGCAAGCUGAUUCUGUUCAUCGUGUUCCUCGCGCUGCUGCUGGACAACAUGCUGCUCACCGUCGUGGUUCCUAUCAUUCCCAGUUACCUGUACAGCAUUAAGCAUGAGAAAAAUACUACAGAAAUCCAGACUACUAAACCAGCACUCACAGCCUCCACCUCUGGAAGCUUCCAGAGCAUAUUCUCAUACUAUGACAACUCUACUAUUCCCAUCACUGGGAAUAUCACCGGGAAUGCUACCGGGGGCCUCCCAGGGGAGCAGCCAUACAAGGCUACCACUACACGGCACAUGGUGACCAAUACAUCCAUUAUCCCUUCUGACUGUCCGAGUGAAGACAAAGACCUCCUGAAUGAAAAUGUGCAAGUUGGGUUGCUGUUUGCCUCCAAAGCCACCGUCCAGCUCCUUACCAACCCAUUCAUAGGACUGCUGACCAACAGAAUUGGCUAUCCAAUUCCCAUGUUUGCUGGAUUCUGCAUUAUGUUUAUCUCAACAGUUAUGUUUGCCUUCUCCAGCAGCUAUGCCUUCCUGCUGAUCGCCAGGUCCUUGCAGGGAAUCGGCUCUUCUUGCUCAUCCGUGGCUGGAAUGGGCAUGCUGGCCAGUGUGUAUACAGAUGAUGAAGAGAGGGGUAACGCCAUGGGGAUUGCUUUGGGGGGCCUGGCCAUGGGGGUUUUAGUGGGACCUCCUUUUGGGAGCGUGCUCUAUGAGUUUGUGGGGAAGACAGCUCCCUUCCUGGUUCUGGCUGCCUUGGUGCUCUUAGAUGGAGCUAUUCAACUCUUUGUGCUCCAGCCAUCCCGAGUGCAGCCAGAGAGUCAGAAGGGGACACCCCUGACCACCCUGCUGAAGGAUCCAUACAUCCUCAUUGCUGCAGGCUCCAUCUGCUUUGCAAACAUGGGGAUAGCCAUGCUGGAGCCUGCCCUGCCCAUCUGGAUGAUGGAGACCAUGUGUUCCCGAAAGUGGCAGCUGGGCAUUGCUUUCUUGCCAGCAAGUAUCUCUUAUCUCAUUGGAACCAAUAUUUUUGGGAUACUGGCACACAAAAUGGGAAGGUGGCUUUGUGCUCUUCUGGGAAUGAUAAUUGUUGGAAUCAGCAUUUUAUGUAUUCCUUUUGCAAAAAAUAUCUAUGGACUCAUCGCUCCGAACUUUGGAGUUGGUUUUGCAAUUGGGAUGGUGGAUUCCUCCAUGAUGCCUAUCAUGGGCUACCUGGUCGACCUACGGCACGUGUCUGUUUAUGGGAGUGUAUAUGCCAUUGCGGAUGUGGCCUUUUGUAUGGGGUAUGCUAUUGGUCCCUCUGCGGGUGGUGCCAUUGCAAAGGCAAUUGGCUUUCCUUGGCUCAUGACAAUUAUUGGAAUAAUUGAUAUUGUUUUUGCUCCACUCUGCUUUUUUCUUCGAAGUCCACCUGCUAAGGAAGAAAAAAUGGCUAUCCUCAUGGACCACAACUGUCCCAUUAAAACAAAAAUGUACACCCAGAAUAAUGUUCAGUCAUAUCCCAUCGGUGACGAUGAAGAAUCUGAAAGUGACUGAGACCCUCUAAAGUUGCCAAGUGCUUAACUAUGUAGCAGUGUUUCCAGUGAAACGACUCGAGCAGAGCUGUCUUAGUCACAUCAUCCAUUCCUGGCAAAAAGUAAAACAACCAAAGGUGAUACUUUCUUUUCCAUGGUUAUGAUCGACUGCCAACAGCCUUAUAAAGAAAAAGCAGCUUUUCUAGGGGUUUGUAUAAAUAGUGUUGAAAACUUUAUUUUAUGUAUUUGAUUUUAUUAAAUAUUAUACAAUA